AUGUACCCCGGACUCCGCAAGAUGGAGUACGCCGUCCGUGGCAAGGUGGUGAUUGCGGCGGACCAAAUUUCCGAUAAUCUCGCUUCCGGAAAGUCCUACCCAUUCGAUCACAUUGUCUACACCAACAUUGGCAAUCCCCAGUCGGUGGGACAGCAACCCUUGACGUGGCCCCGACAAGUCCUGGCCUUGGUGGAUUUGCCCGACGCCGUCGGCAUCCAGCACCCCGAUAUUCUCCGUUUGUUUCCGGCAGAUGCCGUUGCACGGGCGAAGGAAAUCAAAGAAGGAUUGGGGGGACACGGAUCGGGCGCCUAUUCGCAUUCCAAAGGAUGUCGCGCCUUUCGUCGCGACAUUGCGGCCUUUCUCCAAGACCGCGACGGCGGACUGCCCGCCGAGCCCGAAGAUAUUUUCAUGACCAACGGAGCGUCGGCCGGAAUCAACAUGAUGCUCAACGCUCUCGUCGCCGACUCUUCCUGCGGAGUCAUGAUCCCCAUUCCUCAAUACCCCAUCUACUCGGCGACAAUCGACCUGUUGGGUGGACAGAAAGUGGGCUACUACCUGAACGAAGCCAACGGGUGGGAACUCAAUAUGGAAGAACUCGAGCGAUCGUUACAGGAAGCUACCGAACAGGGAAUCAAAGUGAACGCCUUUGUUUUGAUUAAUCCGGGGAAUCCCAGUGGAACGGUCCUCAGCCGCACAAAUUUGCAAGAUAUUGUCCGCUUUUGCGCCAAACACAAUCUCGUUUUGUUGGCCGACGAAGUCUAUCAGGAAAACGUCUACGACGAAAACGCCGAGUUUGUUUCGUGCAAGCGCGCAGCCCACCAAGUCGGUCUCUUGGAGGACGACGGCAUUGAAUUGGUCAGCUUCCAUUCGAUCAGCAAGGGCGUCUUUGGCGAAUGUGGCCGCCGUGGUGGCUACAUGGAACUUGUCGGAUUCAACGCCGACGUCAAGGACGAACUUUACAAACUCGCCUCGGCCAACCUAUGUGCAACUGUUUCUGGGCAAAUCAUGACGAGUCUCAUGGUGCGGGGACCGGACCAGGGAGACGUUUCGUACGAAAGUCACCAAGCGGAAAAGAAAGCCAUUUUCGAGAGUCUCCGUCGUCGUUCCAAAAUUGUCAGUGACGGUCUCAACAAUAUUCCGGGGAUUUCCUGUCAGACCGCCACCGGUUCCAUGUAUUGCUUUCCGUCCGUCGAAAUGCCUAAAGGCGCCUUGCCGGCAGCCGAAAAAAUGGGAGUCUCUCCCGAUACGCUGUACUGUAUGAGCCUCCUGGAGCGCACCGGGCUUUGCGUCGUACCGGCUUCGGGAUUUGGUCAACGCGAAGGACGCUACGGCUUCCGUACCACCUUUCUACCGUCCGAAGACGAAAUGGCGAGAGCAGUCGAACAAAUUCGGGAACAUUACCAUGAGUUUUGUGAAAUGUACGCGUAA